AUCCUGAAUACAUUAUUUGGAAUUAUGAUCACUGCCUUGAAGCUUUCAAAGCAGUUGAAAAUAAUGCUCGUAAAAAUCCAGACGUAGAAUUUGAAAAUUAUCAUGGGUUCAAUGGUUUGCUUUAUGUACAAGAUCCAGCAGUUGAUGAAUUUGAUAUUUCUAAAGAUGUUUUUAAAGUCGCAAGAACAUUUGGUAUUCCUUAUAAUAAAGAUUUCAAUGGCGCUAAACAAAAUGGAGUAGGAAGAUACCAACUUAUGAUGAAAGAUGGAAAGCGCUUUACAUUGGCUGAUGGUUAUUUGAAAGAUGCAUUGAAAAAGGUUAUGGUUUAUCCUUCAAAACCAUUUAUUAAAGGAUAUCCUCAUGUACCAGGCGAUGAUAAUGUUGGCAAGUUUGUGGGAGUUAAUGUUAAAUCCUUUACUCACGUGUUAAAUAUUAUUUGGAAGGAAGAUGAAAAUGUUGCAAUUGGCGUGAGAUAUUCUUAUUGUGGUAAAGAUCACAAUUGUUAUAUUGCUCCAAAAGGUGAAGUUAUUAUUUGUGGUGGUGCUAUUAAUAGUCCGCAGAUUCUAAUGCUCUCUGGAAUUGGACCAAAAAAAAAUUUAGAAGAUAAUAAUAUCAAAGUUCGUAAAGAAUUACCAGUUGGACAUAAUUUAUGGGAUCAUCCUUUAUGUAUCAUUACUGCCUCGGUUUCUGUUCCGGGUAACAUUGAAGGAAAGAUUCCUAGUCAAGAAGAAUUUAAUGAUGAACGUCCUGACAUUCAACAAUAUUCGGUAGCAGCCUUAUUUGAUCAUGGCAUUCUUGAUGAGCAUCCAACUGAUGAAAAAGAUUUUUAUUCCAUGUCAACGACUCUUAAUCUUCCAUCAAGUGUUGGUCAUUUGGAAUUACGUAGCUCUGAUCCAUUUGAUCACCCAAAAAUAUUUCUUAAUUAUUAUGAUAAACCCGAAGACUUGUAUAGAAUGAUGAGUAGUCUUAAAUUAUCACGUAAAAUACUUGAACAACCUCCAUUAAGUACUUAUUGGGGUGUAAAAGUAAUUGGAUUAGAUGAAGUGAAUGAUGAUAAAGAAUGGGAAAAAUACAUUCGUAAAAGGACAACAUCAGCCCAUCCAUGUGGUACAGUAAAAAUGGCACCAGAAUCUAAAGGAGGGUGUGUCAAUCAUCGCCUUCAAGUUUAUGGAACAAAAAAUCUUCGAGUUGUUGAUGCUUCAAUUUUUCCAACUAUUCCAGCAGGUAAUAUUAACGCUCCAACUGCUAUGGUCGCAUGGAGAGCAAGUAAAUUAAUUGAAGAAGAUUAUUGUAAAAAAGUUUGA